AUGACCCGCCCUCCAUCACAGCCAAUCGCCAUCUCCGGCACUCCCGUGCAAGUCCUCCAAGACAUCCACGCCCAACUCUGCCUACGCCCGUACGUCUUUGACGAGUUCCACAUGCUCGUCUGGCGCCACAUCCUCCGGCACAAAAUCCCUCGAUUACCCGAACUGGCGCAGAUCGUGAAUCCAUGGCUGGAGAAGGGGCUUCCACUGCAACUCUGCCCUGUCAUCGUUUCCUUUCUUCAGAUGUAUGGACCGAUGCUGUGGGGAGAGAAGAGCCGAAGCCACUUGAGCCGGAAGACGACUCGCUUGGGACAGCAAGGGUUCUGGCCGAAUUACGGGCAUCUGAACCCGCGCCCGGUCUACCGAAUCGACAGCACGAUGGCACCGAGCACGUUGUCCGCAUGGCACAGGUUUGCGGGGAGGAGAUCUGGCGGGCCUUCCGUGGAGGAGAAGAUACUUUAUUCUCCGCUUGGACGGUUGAUGAGGGUGUAUAUUUUUGCGGCUCUGAGGAAUAGUUUGGAGGUUGGUGGUUUCGAGAGAGCGAUUGAGUUGGAUGAUCGCGAGUUGGUGCAUCGGAUAUUGGUGGCGGAUGUGGAAGAGGUGCAGACCCAUUCGGCUUACCUGACGAAUGAAGAGGUCAUGAAAAUGCAGUGGUACAUGACGGCGACGGGUGGCAUGGGAGGGCUUCCUUGA